AUGGAAGUUAAUUGUAUAUUAGAAGAGAAUAUGCUAAAGAAUAGAUUAGAUAAUAUUGAUCAAAAACAUUUUAAAUGUAUUCGUUUAUGGAUAACAAGUGAUCAUAAUGAAUAUAAUGCAUUAUUUAUGCAAAAUUUUUUAUCAGAAUGGGAAAAAAAUUUCUUUGAACCAAAAAUGCGACAUAUCAGAGAAGUCGUAGAAGUUACUAAAACGAAUGCAAAAUUAAGUGAACGUGAAAUACAACGAUCAAAUAUUAGUCAACGUUUGCAAAGAAAUAUGAUAAGUGCGACAACUUAUAUUCCAUUCACAUGGAUUUCGGAUUAUAAUGAUUCGAUAUGGAAUGAUACAGAAUCUAAUAUUACAUUAACAAAUAUUACUAUCGUAUCAACAAAAUACAAAAAUAAUUUAAUUUUUGGUUAUUUUGAGCUAUAUGUCUUGAUAUUACUUACAAUUUUCAUCAUACUUCUACUUAUAACCACAUCAAUUGCAUGCUAUUAUGACUGCGAGAAUCGUCGUAUCACUUUACAAGGUGAUAAAUACAGUAACAUUAAAAAGGGUGCAGCACCAAUUGUUACGAUCAAGCAUGUAAGCAAACAGCCUGAUAAUAUACACGAAAGGAUGAUUCGAGAUAAGGCAGAAGAAUUAUCAGUGCAUUCACGUACACUGCGUAAGCGUAAAAUGCUAAUUGCAGCACGUCGUUCAACAUCAACACAAUCUGUUACAUGCAGUGAAUAUGGUAAUUCUUUGAUUCAAAUCAACAAUAAAGCUUUAUGCUUAGAUUAA